AUGACUCCUGGAAAUGCUUUCUGUGGCUUUGUAACUGGAUGUGUCCUCCUGGGGCUUUCACAGAAUCCAAAUGUGCAUAAAAUGAUAUUUGUUGUAUUUUUGUCCAUUUGCAUUACAACUGUCUGGGGCAACUUGCUAAUCAGUAGCAGCCCAGUACUCCUGGGCUCCCCAAUGUACUUCUUCUUGACUCUUCUGUCCUUCCUGGAUGCAUGCUGCUCCUCCAUCAUUGUCCCAAAGGUGAUGGUGGACUCUCUCUAUGAGAGGAAAACCAUCUCCUUCGAAGGCUGCAUGACCCAGCUCUUUGCUGAGCACUUCCUUGCUGGAGUGGAAGUGAUUGUCCUCACUGCCAUGGCCUGUGACUGCUAUGUGGCCAUCUGCAAACCCUUGCACUGCUCUUCUAUCAUGAACAGCAGGCUCUGUAUCCUUCUGAUGGAGGUAGCCUGGACAGGGGGCUUCCUGCAUUCCAUGAUACAAAUUCUCUUCACUUUCCAGCUGCCCCUCUGUGGCCCCAAUGUCACUGAUCACUUCAUGUGUGACUUGUUCUCAUUACUGGAGCUUGCCUGCACUGACACUCAUGUCUUUGGCCUUUUGGUGGUCACCAACAGUGGGUUUUUCAGCAUCCUAAUCUUCUCCUUGUUGCUUGUCUCCUAUGGGGUCAUCUUGCUGUCUCUGAGAACCCAUAGCACUGAAGGGCAGCAGAAAGCCCUCUGUACCUGAGGAUCCCACAUCGCUGUUUUAAUUUUGUUCUUUGUGCCAUGCAUAUUUGUGUAUGCACGACCUCCAUCUGCUUUCUCCUUUGACAAAAUGAUAGCCAUAUUUUACACCAUCCUAACUCCCUUGUUCAAUCCUUUGAUUUAUACUUUCAGGAAUAAUGAAGUGAAAAGCACCAUGAGGAAAGUGCGGAACAGAAUAAUGGUGGUUUCUAAGGAAAAAUAA